CAACAACACAACUGGACCACACAGGAAAAAAAGGCCAAUAGCUCACGUAAUACCACUUUUAAUAUCUCUACGAGUAGAGCCAGUCUUACACACCCCUAGGAUCACAUUGACUGCUAUAUCACGCAGAUAACUAGUUAAGUCCCACAGCCUCUCGCCAAGAACCGCCAACAUGCCUGUUUACCACGUGGUUCUCUUUAAAUUGAAGCCAGAAGUUACUGCGGAGCAGGUUGAAAACUGGGGAAAGAUAAUUUUAGACAUGAAAGGCCGGGUCCCUGGCCUCCUUAAAAUAUCCUUUGGAAAGCCGUUGCCUAUAACUGCUUCUAGAGCAAAAGGAUUCGAUGUCGGCCUUGUGGCAGUAUUGGAUAAGCCAGACACUGUUCCUAUCUACGCCGCACACGAUGCCCACCAGCCAGUUAUGAAAUUGAGAGGAGAACUGUGCGAUGAUGCUUUAGCAUAUGACCUUGAAUUUGAGGAUUAGAUGGGCAACUAAGAACCAGGUCAAAGAUUUGCAAGCUUGAUACAGCUUUAUCUAUAUAAAUAGACUAGUCAUUACAUUUGUCCAGCUAAAUGAUGAAGCAAUUAUAUAUAGCAUCAUAGAUGAUCAAUGUCUAAAGACGUGC